AUGGACAGCUCGAUCGUGUUGUGGGAGACAGAGACGGGCCUCUUUCGCCUCAACGGCCACAAGGAAUCGAUCACACACGUCGAAUUCACGCGCGACGACAAGCGCCUCGUCUCGGCCUGCAAGGACACUUUUGUCAAAUUCUGGGAUGUGGCCUCGCAAAGCUGUUUCUACACGCUCACCGAGAGUCGAUCUGAGAUCUACUCGUUUCUGCUGUUGAAAGAGGACACGAUGCUCAUCGUCGCCACCUCCGAACUCGAGCUGUACAUUUUUGACCUGACGUGGUUGAGCGGGGAAGAAGCCUGGAAUGGCGUGAAACGCGACGCGCACGAGGGACCGAUUUGGGCAUUGGUCCGACUGCCAGACAAUACGGGUUUCGUGACCGCCUCCGCCGACAAGAAGCUCAAGUUCUGGGGCUACGACCUCGUCAGCGAGGGCACACAAAAACGGCUGGCGAUGCGCGAGAAGCGUGUGCUAGAGUUGCGGGACGAGGCGCGGUGUGCCGCCAUCACCCCCGACGGCAAAUUCCUGAUCGUGGGCCUGCUCGACAUGACGGCCACCGUGUUCUUCGUCGACACGCUCAAGUUCUACCUGUCACUCUACGGCCACUCGAUGCCCGUCACCUGCUGCACGACAAGCCCGGACAACAAGCUGGUGGUGACCGGAUCGGCCGACAAGACGAUCAAGAUCUGGGGCCUCGACUUUGGCGACUGUCACAAGAGUUUCCAAGCCCACGAUGAAGCCGUCUCCGCGGUGCUGUUCUCGCCAAGUGAUGAGAUGCUCGUCUGGUCGGCGGGUCGAGACGGAAAGAUUCGGCAGUGGGACGCCGUGAAAUUCGAGGCGGUGCAGAAGCUGGACAGACACACGGCCGAGAUGAGGGCCCUGGCGCAGACGAGCAAUGGAAAUAUGCUGUUGACGGCCUCACACGAUCGAUCGAUUCGUGGAUGGGAAUUGACCGAGGAGAUUAUUGUGCUGCAGGAAGAGGAAGAGGUCGAACGCGAGAAGCUGUACGAGGAGAAGCUGGCCGAUGACGAGGAUGUGGUGGCUGGAGAGAAAAAGGAUAGUGAGGCCACGGUGGCUGAGAGGAAGAGCGAGCACACAAUUAUCGCUACGGAAAGCAUCAUCGAGGCCAUCGACAUUGUCCGAAAGGAGCGACAGGUCGACAAGGACGAUUUGGAGCACACUCCGCACCCGCUGUACCUGGCCUACCGUAGCGCGAGUGUCGACCAUUUUGUGCUGGAUGUGAUUGGGAAGAUUCGUGCCUCAUAUGUCGAUCGAUGUCUCCUCCUAUUGCCCCUCUCAUAUCUGGGCGAUAUUCUGCAGGCGAUGGCCGGAUGUGUGGCCAACAAAUACAAGGUCGAACUGGCCAGUCGUAUCGCCCUCUUCCUCAUCAAAAUGCACCACUGCCACGUGACGAACAGCGUCGAGGUGGUGCCCAUCGUCGGGCUGUUGCGCGCCAAUUUGCCCAAGGGGAUUCGGCAAAUAAAGGACACGGCCAGCUUCAACUUUGCGGCCCUUCGGCUGCUGGCCAACGAGAUUGAGAACAGCCAAGAGAUUCGCGUCUUCUCGGAUCUGUCGAAAAUCGAGAAGAAGCAGAACAAGAAGAAGCAGAAGCAUCAACAGCAACAGGGCACCAACAACAAGAAGGCCGUCCUCCACACACUCGCCGCC